AUGAGCGAGCAGCACGGGAUUCGUCUUCCCGGGGUCAUUCUUGAUCAACUCAAGAAGAAGGAUCAUUCCAAUGACGAGCGGUUCCAGCAACCGAAGCGGGGUAAGAAGCGCCAGGCUCCCAAGAUGACGAGAAAGGAUAGACGGAAGCAGGAGCGCCAGGCAAAGAAACAGAAGAAAAACAAGGGUAAAGUGCCUGAACCUAAACCUCAAGCCCCCAUCAGACGCUGGGAACCUAAGAAAUCAACUGAUACCAAGGCCAAACCGGCUACAAAACCCGCGGCGCCUGAAUAUGAUUCCGACGAAUUUGACGAGGAAGAAUUGGCUGAACUCCGAGCUAUGGAAGCCUUGGAGAGUGAAGAAGAACCUCUGGAACCUCUGGAGUCUCUGGAACUGGAAAGUGAAGAGGAUGAAGAGGACGAAGAGGCUAAAGCGAUGGCUCAGCUUAAAGCGCUUAAAGCAAAGAAACCAGCUAAGUCGAACAAGCAGGAGAUUCGAAUGGUUAAGGAGGACGAUUUGGGAGCCGACGAUGACUCCUUAUCGGAAGACUUCGAUGGUUUUGACGAAGAUAUUGAUGACGCUGAAUAUGGUAACGAUGAUGAUGAAGAGGAUGCUAUGGCCAAGUUGAAGGCUCUUAAAUCAGGUAAAAAGGCUAAGGAAACUCUAAGGGUGGUCAAAGAAGAUGAACUCCCCGAAGAUGACGAGCUUAGCGAUGAUUUUGGCUUCAAUGACGAGGACGAAGAAGCUGAAGACGAUGAAGAAGAGGAGGAGGAUGCCAUGGCGGCGUUGGCGGCUUUGAAGAAGAAUAAGAAGACGAAGCUGAAUGGCGAUGUACGUGUCGUCAAAGAGGAUGAAUUACCCGAAGACGAUCUGCUUAGUGACGAUGACCUUUUAGAUGAUGGCGACAGUGAGGAGGAGUUUGGCAAUGAAGAUGACAACGAACAGCUGAUGGAAGAGGAAGAAGAGAUUGAGAAACAGCAAACCAAAGAGCAGAUGAAGUCAUCGAAGCUGAAAAAGUCGAAAAAGGACAAGGAAGAGGACGAUGUCAAGUACGCUAAGCGUCCUCUCACCAUCAGAGAACAAGAACUUAUGAAGCGAGAUGAGGACGAUAUUGCCUACUAUGCGAAGAAGCUUGGUCUCAAAGAUAAGAAGAAACUGCUUAGUGGUGAAGACGACGGCUUGGGCGACUUGCUUGACGGGUUAGACCUUGAUUUCGGUGAUGGCCUCGGAGAACCCGGCUCUGAAGAUCUCGACGAAGAGGACGAUACCGACGUCGAACAAGGUCUGGAAGAAGACGGCGAUCUGGAUAAUAGUGAUGAUAGUGAUGACGACGACAAUGACGACGAAAACCCGUACGUGGCUGCCACCACCAAAUACGUGCCUCCUGCUCUCAGACGGAAAAUGGAGCUGGCUGAAGGGGUAUCGGAAGACGUGCUUGCCCUCCGCAAAGAGCUUAAGGGUCCGCUUAAUAAGCUUUCGGAGGCUAACGUCACCCAGAUUAUCGACCAGCUUAACCAGCUUUAUUUGAACCACCCGAGAAACGUGGUGCUGGAAGAACUUACCCGACAAAUCCUUAAUUCGGUGGUUAACCAGGGUCGCUUACUCGAUACGUUUGUCUACCUCCAUGCUAUUGUCGUCGUGGCCAUCCACAGACUCCAGGGUGUAGAGUUUGGUGCCUAUUUCAUCCAGACGCUCGUGGAGAAGCUCGACGCCGCUCGUGCUCAAGGUGACGAUAAAGACGCCCAGAAUCUCGUGGUGUUGUUGCUGUCGGUGUACAUGUUCCAGCUUAUUGGGUCGAGACUUGUCUACGACGUUAUCCGCGACCUUCUUGCUCUGUUUGACGAGACUACGGUGGAGCUCUUGCUUAAAUUUAUCCGCAAUCUGGGUAACCAGAUGCGCUCCGACGACCCGCUGGCACUUAAAGAGAUUGUCCUCGCCACCAAUGAGCAAUACGCUAAGCUUCCUCAAGAGAAAGUGACGCCAAGAAUCCAGUUCUUGGUGGAAACGAUUGCCUCGUUAAAGAACAAUAAGCUUAAACCGGCUUCCGACGAAAGCUUCAAGCUUGCCCUGCGUCUUCGUAAAAUGCUUGCCCAGCUGAUUACACUGUCAGCAGCGCUGGAGCCGAUCCAGGUGCUGUUGGACGAUAUCCGCCACGCCGAUGAAAGAGGUAAAUGGUGGCUUGUGGGUGCGGCGUGGAAGGGCGAUGGCUCCACUGUCAACCGUGCCCAGGUGGCACGGACGUUGGCAGACGCUAAGCAGCUGUGGACGCAAUUAGCAGGGGCCCACCUCAUGAAUUCCGACGUCCGUAAAGCGGUGUUUAUCUCGAUCAAACAAGCUGAAGACUAUAUUGACGCUUUGACCAAGAUCGAUAAGUUAGGGCUCAAAAAGACCCAGGAGCGCGAAGUGCCGCUUGUGCUUAUGCUCUGUAUGGAAGCGGAGCCGGUGUGGAACCCGUACUACGGUGUAUUGGCAAAGAAGUUGUGUCAGCAACACUCGUACCGUAAGACGUUCCAGUUCAUGUUCUGGGACUAUUUGCGUGAGGUCGAUAGUGGGGACGACGAAUUGGAUAAAGUGAUGAAGAUGGGCCGCUUCUAUGGCCAUUUACUCGGUGAUGGUCUCCCCUGGCACGCGCUCCGUAAUACCAAUUUUGUCACUGGGUCGCUGGAUCUCAUGGUGUUUUUAGAAGUGAUGUUCGUCACUUAUUUCGACAAGAUGGGCAAGCAGUGUCAGGUGAAGCAUGUCGGUGUCAGUCUGAGCUCUAAGGAUAUGGUGUUUGACAGCCAGGUGAUGAGCGAAGCCAUUGCCAAGGCUAACGAACAGCCGACGAUGCUCAAGGGUUUACUCAGAUUCCUCCCCCGCGUGGCUCGCAGUCAGUUGGUCCACGACUCUAAGCGUACCAAGAAGCGAGUGGAGUGGGGGGUAUCCACGGCCAUCCUGGAGAUCGAGGAACUCCUCCGUCGUAGCGAAGAGUAA